AUGCAUUAUGAUACUCACGUCUACGCUCGAGACGGAGACUCCGACAAUGGUGGCUUGUCCGCCUCCGGGACCAUCGCCAUCAUCGUGGUCUGUAUCUGCAUCGCGAUUCUCGCAUUCUCCCUGUUCCUCUGGCGAUUUCUCUACCGCCUUUGCAGCCGCAAGAAGUCAAACCCGCUCCCGCCUGCGCAACCGCCUGUUCAUGGGCGAAGCUACCAGGCGUGGGUAGAUCGCAAGGCAUUCCAGGAGUCGGGAUCAGGCAGCUUGCGCGGUCUCACCUAUUACAACCUCAGUGCAGCUGUCAGUCAGGGCUCUCUAACUCCUGCCAGCUCUAUCCUCAAUGGCAGAGAAAAUGAUGAUGCCCUUUCUGUGCGAUCUGCGUGGGGGCCUGUGGGAUUCCUAAACUACUCCUUGCCAAACCCAGUACUUAAUCCUUACGCCAGUAUGAUCAGCGUCGCAAGCUCUGCUGCGUCCGAAGAUGGCGCAUUCACGCCUCAUGCGUCAGAAAGUGUUUCCCAUAUUUCCCAAGCACUUCCAUCGCACCCAACCGCCCGCGGUCCACCUCGCACCCAGUCGCGACCGUUCGGCAGACGAAGUGUCCAUGUAGACCAGUGGGUGCCCAUCCGACCAAGGUCGCUGAGCAUGAUCAAUUCGGCCGGAGGUAGAACAUCCUCACCAAACCUACCUUUUCCCCGCAGCCGAUCUCAGUCGAGGAUCACGCCUUCAGCGAAUCAGACCUAUCGCCGUAGCCAGUCGCAGCCGCGCAUGGACCCCUCCCCUCUCCGCUUGUAUUCAAAUCCUCCGGCAUAUCCGGUUGCGGCAACCUCCCAUUCUCCUCCGCCUCCAGUACCGCAGCUACCGGCGGAAUAUUCCCGCACCGCUAAGGCAGGAGACGUCGAGGAUACGGAUCGUGGACGAUCGCUCGAUGUGGCCCCGCGUUCAACAGCGACAUCCACGUCCACGCAUUGA